UGUUGUAGCUCUGCCUUUGACACAAAAACUGGGUUGCGUGUGGCUGUGAAGAAGCUGUCCCGACCAUUUCAGUCCAUCAUCCAUGCCAAAAGGACCUACCGAGAGCUGCGGUUGCUUAAGCACAUGAAACACGAAAAUGUGAUUGGCUUGUUGGAUGUGUUCACCCCUGCCAAGUCACUAGAAGAAUUCAAUGAUGUGUACUUGGUGACACACCUUAUGGGAGCAGACCUGAACAACAUUGUGAAAUGCCAGAAGCUCACCGAUGAUCAUGUGCAGUUUCUCAUAUACCAGAUUCUUCGGGGGCUGAAGUACAUCCAUUCAGCUGACAUAAUACACAGGGAUUUAAAACCUAGUAACCUAGCUGUUAAUGAAGACUGUGAGCUAAAGAUCCUGGAUUUUGGCUUGGCCCGACACACAGACGAUGAGAUGACGGGUUAUGUGGCUACCCGGUGGUACAGGGCCCCUGAAAUCAUGCUGAACUGGAUGCAUUACAACCAGACAGUUGAUAUUUGGUCAGUGGGAUGCAUUAUGGCUGAACUGUUGACUGGAAGAACAUUGUUCCCUGGUACAGACCAUAUUGAUCAGUUGAAGCUCAUUUUGAGACUCGUUGGAACCCCAGGGCCUGAGCUUUUGAAGAAAAUCUCCUCAGAGUCUGUGAGUUUACACUUUGAUUGUGAUAUCUGCCCUUUCAGAAGUCCCAAGUUUGUGUGUUGUUCUCCCGUAGUCUCUCUGUAGUAUGUGUUGGGAUUUAUUUUCUGUUAUUUUAAUUCUUUUGCAAUUCUUUGCUCUUGGAUGGCUUUGAGUUCUUAUGCUAUGUGUAUCUGUUCUUUAUUCCUCUUACCUCUGCCCAUGGUAUGAUUUUGUCCUUUCAUAUUCCCAUUUUACUGCUUUGUGACUUUUCUUUGAGUUUGUGGAUUGUAUGAUCAGAUAUUACUGGGGAAAUAUUUUUCACAGCUAAGAGCUUGAGGCUUAUCUCUAUUAUUACUUCUCCAGAUUAUGUACCCAGGGAUCUCUCUAAAUAGGAGCAAGUGUGUUAUCCUGUAAACACACACAGUCCCUUCUGUGCUGUGAUUAAGUCCUGAAACACUGCUGCCACUAUCUUUGUUUUUGUAGCAUAAAAUGCCUUUUGGAUGCCUGUAUCUAGCAGCUGUUUCCAGGGCACGCAGCAUAGUCUGCUGAGCAUAUAACUACUUGUGCUAUGUAGGAUGUUGCUAUAUGGGGCCCUUUUUAUCAAGGUAAUAGCAAAAAACAGCCAUAUUGCCAUUUGCUAUAUUGUACUAAUCUUGAAUUGUGAACUUCUGCAAAGACAGGGUUAAAAAUGGCCUUUAAUUUUACCUGUUUGUGAAGGUGGAGUGCAUAAACUCCGUAGCAGUUGGGAGUAGCAGGUUAAUGCACAGUGAGCAGUGAGCUGGCACAGGGGUCACUGGCGGUGCUUCAGCAAGUCACUGCUGUUUGUGAUGCACAGCAGAGGAUCAGAGCAGUGGAGAGUGGGGAUAAGAUUUAGUGCUGCAGCUUAUGUUCCUGUUCUUGUAACAGUGACUGUAAAUACAAAGUGUGAGAUUAGCCUUGGAUUACAUGUGAAGAAGGUAGAUGUACAGUGCAAAUUUGAAUAAAUUGGUCAACUUGCUGAAUAUCCUACCAAUUUAAAAAGCCCUGGGAUGUUCUGCCUUUGGAGAGAUUAGAACUGAAUAAUGCAGGUUGCUUUGGUUGCUCUGUGAACUGACCUUAAGGCCAGUCUGGUGUUUGAAGUACAGGGGGACUAGCAAGAGACAUAAACUGAAAGGUUGACUAAAUUAAGCAAAAGAUUAGUUUGCAUAUGUAAGUUGAAGUGGGUCUUUUAUUAUAUUUAUUGUGCAAUAAUAGUUAAAAAUUGCUCUUACUGAGGUCUGAAACAAGAGUCUGUUAAAAAAAACCAGUAAAAUACUGUUUCUACAAUUUUUUUCCGUUGUAUGGGGAAUGCAAAACUAUUACGUGUUUGAGGGCCUUUAGUGUGUCACUAUAACAAAUUGUUUUUCUGCUGCAUUACUUUACUUGCUCUCACUUUCCCUGUUCACUGACAUCAGUCUUAUGCAAAGCUAGUGUUUUGCUAAUUUUGCACUUACUGCUUGCUUUCACCUCGCCCACAUAUCAAAGUGCAUUCAAAGCUGUUCAGGUGUCAGUUGUGAACCAGUUUCACUUCGCACCACAAAAAACUAAAGUACUCUCCAUGCAGGGAGGAGGUAAAAAAAAGCUGGUAACCAGUGCAGAGGAUACAGGUUUUGUUUCUGUUUUAAUUUUUGUUCAUUUUCCUGAAGCUGUAUAUAGCUUCAGCGGCCUAGGAAGAAUUUUGAGGUGUAGCUUCAGCUGAAGGAAACAUCUACUCUGAUGGCUUAAAACUUUUGGGAAAUGUGAAUGCAACCAUGUUGGAGUGUAAUAGUGCUUUUAUUGAACAGAAAUACUUCCUGUACUGGCAGUUACCAACUGAUCAGUGAUCCUCCAUUGUUUCAAGUGUUCACUAGGGUAAUUGCUUAACUUCUCACAGGUAGCUGAAAAAAUUAGUGGGCCCUGCCUAUAUGGCUUUUGCCUUGUGGUUUGCAGAAGAGAUGCUUUGUAUGCAACUGUUUUGUGUUUAAAAUGGUUUUUGCACUGUUUUUAACAAAGCCCUUGACU